AUAAAUAAUGCUGCAUAUAAGAGUAGAUAGGUAGUAAAACAAAUAGGUACAUACAGCGAAAUACUCGUUUAGUAAUACGAACUUAAUUCGGAGUUGAUUUUUUUGCACCAUGGUUACAAAAUCAUUUAUUAUUGGUAUUUUCUUGGGGGCUGUAUUUAGAUGUGUGGUCUGUGCACCUGAUCAAGGCAAUCCUGGUGGAUGUGGUGGAGCUGGUGAUAUUAGUAUUGCUCCGGAUAAGUAUCCGAACACCAGAAGGGAUGAAACCAUAUCUGCCACGUAUGGAACAUGUAACGUUGUUGUGAAAGACCCAUACCAAUGGAUGGAAAAAAUCAAUGACGCGGACAAAAAAGUGUUUUACGACGCACAGGCUGCCCUCACAAGACCUUUUCUGGAUAAAGCCCCUUUUCGUACUGAAAUAGAGGCUCGUUUAAAGGAACUGAAUGAUGUUCCCAAGUACCAAGGUCCUUAUAAAGCUGGAAAUAAAUAUUUCUCUUUUCAAAAUACCGGAACUCAGAACCAAGACGUAUUUUUUGUACAAGACGCAUUGAAUGCAGAAGGUAAACCAUUUAUCGAUCCGAACAGCCUCAGCAAAGAUGGCUCGAUCGGUAUUGAUUUCAGCACUUCGGCUUUUUCACCCAAUGGGCAAAUUUUCGCUUACUCGUUGAGUCCAGUUGGUUCUGAUAGAAUGGAGGUUCACUUCAAGGACGUGGAAAAAGGUGACGACGUUUAUAAAGAAAUAUUAAAAGAAGUUAGAGAUACGACUUUACAAUGGACCAUUGACAAUAAAGGAAUAUUUUAUGGGAGAUACUUGGGCGAUAGUCCGGAGCACGAAUCGGUUCAAAAUCAAAAAAUUUAUUACCACGUUGUAGGAACUGACCAGUCCAAAGACAUUUUAGUGGUGGAAUUCCCUAAAGAACCGGAUUACCAAACAUCUAUUAAAAUAAGCGAAGAUGGUAAAUAUUUGGUCGUUUUUCCAACAAAAGAAUUACCUAAAACCUUGGUGUAUGUGGUUGAUUUAGAAAAAAUCCAGUUUAAAAUCGAUAAGAAGUUGGAUCUUAUACCAAUUGUCACCAAAAUUGAAGCUGAAUAUGAAUUCAUAACUAACCACGAUAAAAUACUCAUAUUUAAGACCAAUAAAGACGCAGGAAAUUAUAAAUUAGCUACGAUCGAUAUGGGAUGCCCAGAUCCUUCCACAUCGUGGAAAGAUCUUGUACCAGAAAAUAAAGAAGACGUAUUAGAUUGGGCUUUAGCAGUGUUCGAGAAAUAUUUACUUCUGAGUUACCUUCACAAAGUGAAAGCUGAGCUAGAACUGCACGAGUUGGAAUCGGGCAAAUUGGUGAAAAAAUUCGAUCUGAAAGAGAUGGGUACAAUUGAAUACAUUUCAGGUGAUAAAAUUUCCAACGAGUUCUUUUUCAAACUCGUUACUUUCACGUGUCCUGGUAUUGUUUAUCGGUGUGAUCUAUCGAAACCUGAUUUCAAUUUGGAGGUUUACAAACAAAUACAAUUGAAGAAUUUUAAGCCCGAGAAUUUCAUCACAGAACAAGUAUUCUACAAAAGCAAAGAUGGGACCGAAGUGCCAAUGUUUAUUAUUCACAAAAAGUGUUUGCAAAAAACUGGAAACAAUGGUGCACAUCUCUUAGGAUUCGGUGCAUUUGCAGAUAAAGAGACACCUUUUUUCAGUAUUAAAACUUUGACAUUUAUUGAUAAUUUAGAUGGUGUGUUUGCUGUGGCAAAUAUUAGAGGAGGAGGAGAACUGGGUGAACCAUGGCACGCAGGAGGAUCGCUGGAUAAAAAACAGAACACCUUCGACGACUUUCAAGCUGCAGCUGAGUUCUUGAUAAACGAAAAGUACACUAGUAGUAAAUUAUUAAGCAUAAUCGGAGGUAAUUCUGGAGGUCUUCUAGUUGGUGCUUGUCUUAAUCAAAAGCCCGAUUUGUAUGGUGCUGCGGUCAUUGUGGAUGGUCUUCUCGAUAUGUUACGAUACAACGUUUUCACCGAAGAUGGAAAAACCUGGGUUUCUGAAUUCGGUUCAGCAGCUGAUCCGAAACAAUUCGAAUAUAUUUUUAAGUAUUCACCUUUGCAGAAUAUUAAAUUGUCCAAGGAUUGCAAACUACAAUACCCUCCUACUUUGCUGACCACAGCAGACGAUAGUAAUAGACGUCCGCACGCUUUUAAACAUAUCUCCACUUUACAAUUUGAUGCCAAGCAAUGCUCUUUACAGACUAAUCCUUUGCUAAUUCACGUCAAAACAACCAGUGGCAAUGGUUCAAAUAGACCGACAGAUAAACAACUUGAAGACUACACAGAUAUUCUAAGUUUCAUUGUACAUGCGGUCGGACUCAAGUUCCAAGCUACUAAGACUGCUUAGUCGAAUUCAGUUUCCAAGGAAUAUUACCUACAUUUAGUUUUUAUCAGUCAAAUUCUUCAAUUACAGUACCUUUAGCCAAUAUUUGUAUUGAUAUUAUAACAUUUAGGUAAGUAUGUUUUAAUAAAACCAUAACAAAUAUUUAUUUGUAACUAUCAUUCAUAUUACAAUACUCUAAUAUCAUUUUCGAUAAAUUUU